GGCUAACCCAGCCAGGCUCUAAAACACGGAGAAUGGAAUCCAGGCAGCCCUGGAGAGUAGACAGUAUCCAAACCCAGGGCCAAAGUCACCGGGCAAAUAGCGGAUACAUGUUUCAUGCCCCUAGUCAAAGCUGCAUGAAGGAUGUAUCAGUCUGUGAGGCUUUGGGUGUGUCUGGAUUUGUGUCCUCUCAUCUGGGCACAGGACGGCCCACCAGCCUCUGCCCAGUCUCUGACUCACCCCACUAGUAGCCAAAUAGCUGGAAUUCAACACCACCCCUUCUGCUCUUUCCCUUCCUCUGGUGGUUGUUGGGAAGUCCCUACCAAAGACAAGCGGAAGGUCCACAGAGGUCACCAGACCGGAGCCCAGACUUAGAACUUGUUUCUUGGGAGGCACUCGGCAUUCCUGAUACCAGGCUGGGUGACAACCACCUCUUCCAGGGUCCUAUUUCUUUUGGAAUAGCCAUGGCUCCAAAACGAAAGUCUUCAGUACAGGCUGAGGGCCCCAAGAAGGGGCGACUGGAGACAGGGGAGGAGGGCAGUUUCCGCUCCACUGCUGAGGCUCUCAGAGCAGCUCCUGCAGAUCAGCGCAUCAUCCGUGUGGACCCUGCAUGUCCAUUCAGCCGCAACCCCAAAAUUCAGGUCUACAAGGACUAUGACUGUACACUGAACCAGACCAACAUUGGCAACAACAAUAAUAAGUUCUACAUCAUCCAGCUGCUGGAGGAGGAUGGUCGCUUCAUCUGCUGGAAUCGCUGGGGCCGAGUGGGGGAGACGGGGCAGACCAAGAUGACCCACUUCCCCUGCCUGGAAGAUGCAAAGAAGGACUUUGAGAAGAAAUUUCGGGAGAAGACUAAGAACAAAUGGGAGGAACGGGACCACUUUGUGGCCCAUCCCGGCAAGUACACACUUAUCGAAGUGCAGGGAGAAGCCGAGGACCAAGAGGCUGUAGUGAAGGUGGACGGAGGCCGAGUGAGGACUGUGGUUAAGCCCUGCUCCCUAGACCCUGCCACUCAGAAGCUCGUCACCAACAUCUUCAGCAAAGACAUGUUCAAGAACGCGAUGACCCUCAUGAACCUGGAUGUGAAGAAGAUGCCCUUGGGAAAGCUGAGCAAGCAGCAGAUUGCAAAGGGCUUUGAGGCCUUGGAGGCUCUAGAGGAGGCCAUAAAAAAGCCCACAGGCGGUGGCCAGAGCCUCGAGGAGCUGUCUUCCUGCUUCUACACCAUCAUCCCACACAACUUCGGCCGCAGCCGGCCCCCGCCCAUCAACUCCCCCGAGAUUCUUCAGGCCAAGAAGGACAUGCUGCUGGUGCUAGCGGACAUCGAGCUUGCCCAGACCUUGCAGGCAGCCCCUGGUGGGGAAGAGAAACUGGAGGAAGUGCCACACCCACUGGACCGAGACUACCAGGUCCUCAAGUGCCAGCUUCAACUGCUGGACUCUGGAGAGCCCGAGUACAAGGCAAUACAGACCUACCUAGAACAGACCAGCAGCAGCUACAGCUGCCCAGCUCUGCAACAUGUUUGGAAAGUGAACAGAGAAGGGGAGGGAGACAGGUUCCAGGCCCACUCCAAACUGAGCAACCGGAGGCUGCUGUGGCAUGGCACCAAUGUGGCCGUGGUGGCUGCUAUCCUCACCAGUGGGCUCCGAAUCAUGCCGCACUCUGGUGGCCGUGUUGGCAAGGGUAUCUAUUUUGCCUCGGAGAACAGCAAGUCAGCUGGCUAUGUUACUCCCAUGCAGUGCGGGGAGCACCUGGUGGGCUACAUGUUCCUGGGCGAGGUGGCCCUAGGCAAAGAACACCACAUCACCUUGGAUGAUCCAAGCUUGAAGAGUCCACCCCCUGGCUUUGACAGUGUCGUCGCCCGAGGCCACACAGAGCCUGAUCCCACCCAGGACAUUGAACUAGAGCUGGAUGGGCAGCGGGUGGUGGUGCCUCAAGGUCGACCUCUGCCAUGCCCAUCAUUCAAAAGCUCCAGGUUCAGCCAGAGUGAGUACCUCAUAUAUAAGGAGAGCCAGUGCCGUCUGCGCUACCUGCUGGAGAUCCACCUCUGAGCUGCUUGCCCUCCCACAUUCUGCUAGGCUGGGCCAUGCUCUUGAUCCUCACUUCCCCUGCUGGCUCCCACAUUUCCAUUUGCCUCCCAGGAAUAUAAUAUAUGCCAGGCACAUUGGCACACCCCUAUAGCCUCAUCAACUCAGGAUAUAGACAAGAAAAAUACUACUCUGGGAGUUGGAGGCCAGCCUGGACUACAUAGUAAGACAUAUCUUUAAAAAAAUUACACUCAUGAGACAAAGCCAAAUGACAAUGUUUUGAAGUAGGCAAGGAUGAUUCAUGCCUAUAAUCCCAGUACUUAGGAGGCUGAGGCAGGAGAAUCACUGUGAAUUCAAGGUCAGCCUGGGCUAAAUAAUGAGUUCUAAGCUAGCCAAUGUUCUUCUGGUCAAUGAUGGACUGCAUAUACUAAGAUUAUAUAACCUAACAACACUGUUGUCAUCUCCAUCUGUCCACCAACAAUGACAAAAUCACCUAGUGGCCCAUUCAUGAGAAUGUAUCACCAUCAUGAAGUAAAAGAUGACUGUACAUUGUCAUCAUCUAUAGGCAUUGUGUUGUGCAAUAAAUUCUUGAACCCAUUUCUCCUGUCUGACUG